AUGGGGGCUGAUAUGGAAGCCAUGAACCGGCUGAGUCCCUCUGUGACUGGUGCAGGAAGCGACUCCUACUUUACAGACAAGGUCAACCUUGGCUUUCCACGCCUCUCGGCUCUUUCGCUGAGUGGAUCACCGCCUCCGCGGUCUCCGAGUGGCUCUGACAGCGAGUCAAUGUCUCCCUACGAAUUGGCCAACGCGUCUCCUGAAAGUCCGCCGAAAGUCCGAAGCAACAUUGCUCUUCCUCCACGCUCAGGCUACUCGCUCAGCGAUGACUCGGACAAUCCGCGCUCCGAAGGCGACGGAUCCAAUUCCGGCGUGAGCUCUUCCGGCUCAGAAAACGAGCAGGAAACCGCACAGGACGAAGAAGAGGAGGACGAGGAUGCAAUGUCUCAUUUACAGCGCUGGCGAAUGCGACAAGCCUCGGCGGCGUGUGCAAUGAGCGAUAAGAACGGAGAGCGUGGCAAUGCGUUUGGCGGCCCAGCGUACGAGUCCCGUCAGUUCUUCCGAGACGACGACGACGAUGACACGAGUAACGAUGCAGAUGCAGAGGACGAAGAUAAAGAAACGAAGCCCCAACAAAACGUGCCAGCUGAGGACGAGCUCGACGAUGUGCCGAUGGACGUCUCUGCGUCGGGCCAAGCUGCGGCGCUGACCGAUACCACCGCCGCUGCGUCAGACCCGGAGCUGGAGGACGGUCUUAGCAGCCUCGAGCGCAUUUUCCUUUUUGCAAAAAGUGACAUGGCCUACCACCGCGUGCUUAUCUCGCGAUGCCUUGCAGACUGGAUCAAGGAAGUGGACUUGACAGAUGCCGUCGAAUAUGUUAUACCAUUACUCAAUGGGCUUGCCACGGACGAAAUUGAAGUAAGCGCCGUUUUUGCUCCUGAGCUCGGUCGCCUAAUGUGGUUCUUUUUCCGCAACUGCCCCAUUGCGGAGCUGGCCACGGAACAAAACGGGUCGGAUAUGAGUAAUACGGAGGACGAAAUCAUGCCGCGUCCUCGCAUCCCUGUAAGCAUCUUUAGCCCCUUGCUUUGCACCCUGCUCCUCAACCCAAACAGCGCCGUAUCUGGUGCAACGCAAGCCUCGAUUGUGGAAUACUUUUUGCGGAGCAAGCACUGCAACGAUGCUGUAGACGAAGAGCCCGGCGAGGGGCACACUAAAGAUGCAGAUCUUGUCGUCCAGGGCGUCGCGCGCGAAAACAAACUUGUGCCGCUCGCACCGUACGACUUUGACUGCACCGCGCGCGAGCUUGUUUUGAGCGAAUUGUUUGAAAAUGUGGCCAUUGCCAUCUCACGAUUCGAUGGCUGCCCACGGAAAGACGGCGAAGAUUUAUGGGCUCCGAAGAAGCUAGGAGCGCAACUCACAAGCCGCUCGCGAUACGACGAAGAGUCGGCGAUGGGGCGCAUGAUGUCUGUCAAUCUGCUCGCUGCCAUUGCCGUGGAAGGCGGAUUUUCUGCAGAACGGCUAGCCGUGCGUGUUGUACCCGAGAUUACAAGCCGGCCGCAGGACCCAGCGUUCUUUGUGCGCAAAGAAGUUGCUGCCGCCAUCGGUAUCCUCGGCAAAGCACUCGUGUCCGUGCUGCCGAAAAACAGCGAGUCAGGCGAGUUUGACUACCGCACAACAGACGCACCAAAACUGCUGCUUGCUGCUGCCAACCGCGUCUUGUUGGACCAUGUCUGGCAGGUGCGCCAAGCCGCGUGCUAUUCUUUGCCGGGCGUUUUUGCAACACAACCCGCUGGCCCUCGCCGCCGAGGGGAUCUGGUCAUUUGUAUGCGCGCACUGCACCAAGACGUAUCGCCCAACGUUCAGCUCGCCGCAUUCGAAAUGAUUGGUGAGAUUAUUUAUCUUUUCCACAACGACGAAGAGGGCGUGCCGCCCGAGUUGGUGCGCCUCUUUUUGGGCCAGCGCAUGGUAGACCCCACGCCGCAGGAAAAGGAAAGUGGCGAUGCAGAUGCUUGUUCAUCCUUGUCGCCACUUGCAGAGAAGCUUCGCUGCGAGUCGGAAGAGCCAGGCAAUUUGCUGUGCAACCCUGACAGGUCGUUGAUCGUUGCGUUUAACUUCCCUGCCGUUGUGCUUACCAUGACAUCGCAACGUUGGGACGAGCUCCGGGAACUCUACCUCCAGCUUACGCACCACGUCUACGAAAAUGUGCGCAAUUCACUGGCCGCAUCGCUGCAUGAAAUUGCGAAAUUAAUUGGCACGCAGGCGGCAGAACGCGAUUUGGUGCCGGUUGUGGAGCAAUUUAUCCGCGAUCCCUGCGCAGAAGUGACGGCGACGCUGCUAGAGCACAUCGACGAGUUUUGGUAUGUCCUUUCCCCUGAGUGUGUCAAGAACCAGCUGCAGCAGCUGCCAAUGUUGUGGCUUUCGCAAUUAUCGCGCGAUUGGCGCCUGCGCGAAACCAUUGCGCGGCACAUUACAUCGAUAGCACCUUCGCUCCUGCUCACCGACGAAGACGGCUGCCUCGUCACGCUGCUUUUGCUUGCGCUCAACGAUCCCAUUUACGCGGUGCGUGAUAUUGGCGUGCAGGCUGUGCAUGUGACGUACACCACCUUUCGCGCGCACGAUGAAGCCGUUGCGGACGGCUUUUUGAGCAUGCUCGGCGAUCUCGUGGAAGCGUCGGCCUAUCGCCAACGCGUCACAUUUCUCUACGUCGUGCGCGCGUUGGUGCAGCAAGGAAUUGCGGCUGAUCGCUUCGAGGCGCUACUCUUGAAACAUUUGGUCUGCCUUGGUACCGAUUCUGUACGCGAUGUUCGCAUUGCGCUUGCGCGAACUGUGCGCCAAGUUUGGUAUGCCAAGGAUCUAUACCCAACGGAUGCGCAGCGGUCGGACCAGCUGAAGCAGCUGGCCGCGACGCUAGCAAGAGAUCAAUGCCACGACGUCAGCGAGCCCGUGUCCGACUUGCUGAACAAUGAAGAACGCUCGCACUUUACCCAGUCCAUCGCGCAGCCGUCGCCCGCUCCGCGAAAAUUGGAGCUCGGUCCUGCGCGUCCCCUGCUUGAUUCGACAGUCAUCCCAUGGCGCGAAGUAGAAACCCAGGAAGAACUUCCAGCGUCAGAGAAUGCGUCCGCUCAAAUGUCUUUUGAGAUGGAAGAAGAUGUACCAUAG